CCAGCAACUUAUUUAGAAAAUGAUAAAAAAUAUUUUUCUGUCAAUCUAUAUAAAAAAAAACAAAAAUAGAUCUAAAUAGAUUAGUAUUAUUAAAGAAUAUAAUGAGGUUUUUCCGUACAAUAAUUAAGUAAAUAUCAAGCUUAAACCCAUCCUGUACGUUUUAAGUUGAAGACAAAUUAGUCGAAAUUCCAGCUUGGUUAUCGUCUAGACAUUAAAAUAUCAUUUCUUUCAUCAAUUAAACAAAAAUAUUUGUCAAUUUCACAUUAUCUUCGAUACUGUAUAUAAAAAUUAUUAAUUUAAUUUUUAACUUAGGUACACAGGUACUUUUGAACAAAAUAUUUUUUAAUUCGCAUUGCUCUCUAUUUUUGUGUAAAUAUACAAUGGCAGCAAAUCUUACAAGUAUGAGUGAAUAUGAAGAAUACGCUAAAGAAAUGUUACCGAAAGCAUUUUUUGAAUUUGUGUCACAAGGUACGGGCCAUCAAGACACUCUGAGGAAUAAUUUGAAGUCGUACAAAAGGUACAGGAUUUUGCCGCGUUAUCUUCGUAAUGUUGAAGAAAGAACUAUGAGUAGAACCAUCUUAGGCAAGGAGGUAGCAUUUCCUAUUGGAUUAGCACCAACAGCUUGUCAAAAGCUUGCUAACAGAGAUGGAGAAUGUGCUGCGGCAAGAGCCGCUCAAGAUUUAAAUACCAUUUACACACUAAGUUCACACUCUUCUUCAACCAUCGAAGAAGUAGCAGAAGCUGCUCCUAAAGGAAGAAAAUGGCUACAAUUCUACAUCUUUAAAUUAAGACAAAUAUCUCUGGAUAUAAUUGCUCUUGCCGAAAAAUUAGGAUUCGAAGCGAUAGUUUUGACUAUAGAUUUUGCAGUAGUGGGUUCUCGAGAUACUUUUAAGAAAUAUGACAAUCCUUUACCUGCUCAUUUAUCGCUGGCUAUUCUCAAAAAGUAUUUAGAUUCAGGUGUACUUCGUCGAGGAGAAUUGUCGGACGCAACAGCAGAUUGGAGUUACAUUAAAUGGUUGAAAAGCGUUACUAAACUUCCCAUAAUUGCUAAAGGAGUUUUAACCCCCGAAGAUGCCAUUCUAGCCGUAGAAGCUGGAGUAUCAGCUGUAAUAGUAUCCAAUCACGGUGCCAGACAACUUGAUGGAGUUCCUUCAACGAUUGAGGCAUUACCAGAAAUAAUUAACGCGAUUGGAGAUAAAGUAGAAGUGUAUAUUGAUGGAGGAAUUAGAAAUGGCACCGAUGUUUAUAAAGCUUUAGCUCUCGGAGCUAGAAUGGUGUUUGUAGGUAGACCGAUAUUUUGGGGCCUUUGUCAUAAAGGUGAAGAAGGGGUUAAAAAUGUUCUAACGCUACUUAAAAACGAGCUUGACAAAGCACUUGCACUUUCAGGGUGUCCCAAUGUAGAUGAUAUCAGCAAAAAUAAUAUUGUUCAUGAAUCACAUUAUUCCAAAAUUUAAAAUUGAGUUCAAUAUUCAUACAAUAAACAUUUAUAAGAGUUUUUUAAUUUUAUCUAUAUUUUUUGGUUUUUGUGCAACUAGGUACAAGUUAAUAAAACAUUUUGUUAUUCA